UAUUCUCGUGCGGUGGCAUCACGUACACCAGCGGCACAGCCGGAUGUUUUACAGCAACCGCAACUGACAGAAACCGGUAUUUUAAGUGACCUUCUCGGUCGACACAGGACGCGUUAUAAACAUCUCACGACGAUUUUUUUACGUGGAAAAGUGUUGGAAACCUGUUGGUGUCCAUCUCAGGAGAAAACUGAAAAUGCCGCUGGAUGAAGAGAAGAAUGGAGCAUGCGAUAGGUCAAUAUAUGUGAACAAUCCCCAUUUAGACUCCAUGACAGAUGACAUCCUUUACCAUUUUAACCUGGGAACAUCCACUCACGACUUGGCAGCGAUGUUUGGAGAUGUCAAAUUUGUGUGUGUAGGGGGAAGUCCAUGGAGGAUGAAGUCUUUCACUGAAUACAUUGCCAAAGAACUGGGGCUUUCAGACCCCAACACAGAAUAUCCAAAUAUAUGUGCAGGAACCGAUCGCUACGCAAUGUACAAAGUUGGACCUGUGCUGUCUGUCAGUCAUGGCAUGGGCAUCCCAUCAAUCUCUAUAAUGUUGCAUGAGCUUAUCAAGCUCCUGUACCAUGCCCGCUGCACUGAUGUCACCGUAGUGCGCAUCGGAACGUCGGGUGGAAUAGGUUUAAAGCCAGGGACUGUGUUGAUUACCAAACAGUCGGUGGAUUCUGUGUUUCAGCCUCGCCUUGAGCAGAUCAUCCUGGGUAAACCAGUGGUCAGGAGCACAGAACUCGACGGGGAACUUGCAGAGGAGCUGCUUCAGUGUGGCAAAGACCUUGCAGAGUUUGACACCGUCCUUGGUAACACAAUGUGCACCCUUGACUUCUACGAAGGUCAAGCGCGGCUGGAUGGGGCCUUUUGCUCGUACAGCGAAGAAGAUAAACAGAGAUAUCUUGCCGAAGCCUAUGCCGCAGGGGUUCGUAACAUCGAGAUGGAGUCAUCUGUGUUUGCGGCCAUGUGCAAACUGAGCAAUCUUCGAGCUGCGGUUGUGUGUGUAACACUGCUGGACAGACUGCAAGGCGACCAGCUGACCAGCUCUCACGAUGUCCUGAAUAACUACCAGCAGCGACCUCAGGCCCUGGUCGGACAUUACAUCAAAAAGAAGCUGAAAGCCUCCAAGAAACGCUAGUUCACUACUAGUCAGAAAGCUUUCCAAGCAAAGCUGAAGGUAGGGAACAGUAUAGUGCAGUUUUGAUCUGGACAAUGAUUAUGUCAAUAUAUGGUGAAAAGAAAAAAUGCAGCACUUAUAAGUUGACCAGUUUUAUAAAAAAAAUGACCAAAGAAACAUAAAUAUCAUAAAAUGUUCUACGGUUCAACACACUGCAGUUACUUACAAGCUUAUAUAAGUUCAUUCCUUGAAUGCAAUAGCUUCAUUUACUCGUUUUGAAAUGGCACAUUAUGUUCUUGAGGACGAUUUGAUUUGUCUUAAAUACCGGCUAUUUAUUAUUGUUUAAAAUGCGCUGUAUUUAAAAGGGAAAGAUGUUUUAUAAAUGAGAGAGAACUAAGCAGUUUUAGCACUAGUUACUUUAGAAGAGUCCAAGAGCCUUUUUAAAUAACAAACCUCUCUUGCUUAUGUUUGUCACUGUAUGGUUAUGUUACAAACAAACUGCUUGUAAAAUUCUACUGUAAGGAUCACAAACGUCUUAAGGAGAAAUAUUAUGUAAUAUUGAAGUAAUUUUGCAAUGUUUAACAGGCAAAGUGUUAUUUUAAUUAUGUCACUGAAUGUUUUGUUUUACACCA